AUGAAUCAUAGCCUGGGCGUGGACGUGAAGCAGAAAGGUGCAUCUGCCCCAAAGACAAGGCCGAUCGCACAACGACGGGAACACCAAUGUGGAGGCAUUUUCAGGAGGUGGGGUGAUCGUACUACUACUAGGGCUGAGGAGGCCGUGACAAGCGAAGAAAAUGAGCAGACGUUGAAGAAAUUGAUGAGCAAGCUAGAGGAGAAGCAUAGCGCGUUCAAGCACGCGUAUAUCCCGCGAAAGCCGGAUGAUGUAUAUAUGAUCCAGACAUUGCUGCUGGCGACGAUGAGGGCACGAUUCAUACUUCAAGUCAAGUAA